CCGGGCUUUUGCCUUCCUCCUCCUCCUCCUCUUACCCACCUUCCUGCACCCCUCCCUUCUCCCUCCUCCCUCAGCUCAGAUUGCAGCUUUUGGGGGGUGGAAAACCGCUCACCUUUCCAGAACCGGGAAGAGCCAGGGUCCCGAGUAGGGACCCCGGCGGGGCGCGGGGCGUGGGGCGCGGGGCAGGGCACCUAAGCCUGGCAGCGCGGCCGCGGAGGGCGGGAGCCGGCUCGCCACGACCGGGACACGCACAGAGUCCGCGGCGGCGGCCGGAGAGGGGCACCGCGCCGGGCAAGCUGAGCAAAGGACCCACCUUGGACCCCUGCUGAUCAUGAACAAGAUGAAGAACUUCAAGCGAAGGCUUUCCCUGUCAGUGCCCCGCCCAGAGACCAUUGAGGAGUCAUUGACCGAGUUCACCGAGCAGUUCAACCAGCUCCACACUCAGAGGAAUGAGGACGGCAGGGACGAACCUGGGCAGCUGUCUCCGGGCGUGCAGUAUCAGCAACGGCAGAACCAGCGCCGAUUCUCCAUGGAGGACCUCAACAAGAGGCUCUCUCUGCCCAUGGAUAUCCGCCUGCCCCAGGAAUUCCUGCAGAAGCUACAGCUGGAGAACCCAGGGCUGCCCAAACCACUCACCCGAAUGUCCCGCCGUGCCUCCCUGUCAGAUAUCGGCUUCGGGAAACUGGAAACAUACGUGAAACUGGACAAACUGGGGGAGGGCACCUAUGCCACCGUCUUCAAGGGACGCAGCAAGCUGACAGAGAACCUCGUGGCCCUGAAGGAGAUCCGGUUGGAACACGAGGAAGGGGCGCCCUGCACUGCUAUUCGAGAGGGUACAAUAUCCAGGUCUACACCCUGGGCCUCUGGGACGAAGGGCUCAGCAGCCUGCACCUGGUGGGAACCUGGGUGGAGGGCCAUUGCUGGCCCCAGCAAGGGAUCGUGGGAGGUACUGGUGGGCCUGGGGACCCAAGGUGGUGGUCCUGUCUCCCCAGUGUCUCUGCUGAAGGACCUGAAACACGCCAAUAUUGUGACCCUUCAUGACCUCAUUCACACAGAUCGGUCCCUCACCCUGGUGUUUGAGUACCUGGACAGUGACCUGAAACAGUACCUAGACCACUGCGGGAACCUCAUGAACAUGCACAACGUCAAGAUUUUUAUGUUCCAGCUGCUCCGGGGUCUGGCCUAUUGCCACCGUCGCAAGAUCCUACACCGGGACCUGAAGCCCCAGAACCUGCUCAUCAAUGAGAGGGGGGAACUGAAACUGGCUGACUUUGGCCUGGCCCGGGCCAAAUCAGUGCCUACAAAGACCUACUCCAAUGAGGUGGUGACCCUCUGGUACAGGCCCCCAGAUGUGUUGCUGGGAUCCACAGAGUACUCCACCCCCAUCGACAUGUGGGGCGUGGGCUGCAUCCUCUAUGAGAUGGCCACCGGCAAGCCCCUCUUCCCAGGCUCCACUGUCAAGGAGGAGUUGCACCUCAUCUUCCGUCUCCUGGGGACACCUACAGAAGAGUCGUGGCCAGGUGUGACAUCCAUCUCCGAGUUUCGAGCCUACAACUUCCCCCGGUACCUACCGCAGCCGCUGCUCAGCCACGCUCCCAGGUUGGAUACUGAAGGCAUCAACCUCCUGACCAGCCUCCUCCUGUAUGAAUCCAAGAGUCGCAUGUCAGCAGAGGCGGCCCUAAGUCACCCCUACUUCCAGUCUCUCGGGGAACGAGUACACCAGCUCGAUGACACUGCCUCCAUCUUCUCCCUGAAAGAGAUCCAGCUCCAAAAGGACCCAGGCUAUCGUGGCCUUGCCUUCCAGCACCCAGGGCGAGGGAAGAGCCGGCGACAGAGCAUCUUCUAAGCUACCCACCCGGCUGCACGUUGAGGGACGAGAGGCCACGCGGAACAUGAAUUCAGGAAGUGUGGGGCCUGUGUGGCCAUCAGAGGGCUGAACAAUGAAUGCCUAUGGCCAGUCUGGAGGACCACUCAGCAGCCCUGUUGGUAGCAUUUGCUUCCUUCCCUUGCUUGCCACACAGCUCUGCGGUGGCCUCUGCCUGGACACCAAUCCCUUGUCACCCACUGUGGGAUGGGGCAUGAGCUGCUUCCCUGGGAGGAAGUGAGGGUCAAGGAGGGACCCGGGACCCUUUCCCAGUGGACGUGCAGGAGGAGGUGGGGGCCCUGGCCCUGCUGGCUCAUCAGCUUGACAAACCCCCUUCUUAUUGCUUGGACCCUUACUUCAUCUUCUUCCCCCCAUGAGGAGGAAGAAUAUGGCACCUUACCUGGGACCCUGGAAUUGCACCCAUGUGUGUGCUGACCCCACCCAAAGGCAGAUGUCCCCAAAGCAUCAGAAAAAGUAGUGCCUCCUCUUGUCGCCACCCCCACCAUGCUGUUGUCCCCUCCUUGCCAGAAGCCCUGUGCCCUCUGGCUUGCACCAAGGCUAAAAAGCACAAGCUUGCUUCCCGUGUCCAACUGCAUCCGGAAGUGUCCCGUGCUCCGAGAUGUACUCCUGCCACCUCAGCCAGCCCCGUGCCCAUCCCCCAGUCUGGAAAGGGUUGCCUUAAACUGGCAGGUGGUCGAGUGCGCUGUGUCCUUGGAACUCUGACCUAUGUCCCUCUUCCCUAAGCCAUUCCCGUGGGUGUUAUCAUCCCUGAGGGCUGAUAAGUCAACCCUGUCUCAGGGUCCUGAGGCUGGCACCCAGAUAGGCAAGGUCACCUUGACACUGGUACCAGAGUAACCUUGGCUCUUUAGGGCUGGUGCAGCCUCUCCCCCAUCCCCCACCUCCUUCCCAGCCCUGUCCACCUGACCCUGGCACCGACCUCCACAGAGAGGGUGGGGAGGGCGUCGGCACCACAGCCUAAGCUGGAGAGAGGUGAGGUUGCAGCAGGUUUGAUCCUGACAGCCUCAUCCUACAUUCCCAGGGAAGGCACCCUUCCUCUGUACUCCCCUCCUGUUCUAGGGUCUCCCCAACAUUUGGCUGAACUUGAAGGGCAAAGGUCAAAGGGAGGUCAAGCUCCAUGCCCAUCCUAACCCCUUGGAGCCUGGGUUCUCCCUAACCCCCUUUCCCACUGACUGUGAAUGUCGUGACUCAGAGCAAAGACAGAGAAUAUAUUUAAUUCAUGUUGUACAAAAAGAA